GGAUACCUGGAUAAUAGUUUCAGCCGAUGUGAAUCCCUCCUCACUGCAAGUACAAGAUGGAGCCAGUCUCUAAAGACACGCUGCCAACAGCGUCGCACCGCUAGCAUUCUCUGUGACAAAGAUGACCCUGCCAGCAAGAGACCAAGGUUGCAAGCACAGAGGAAGUUUGCCCAGUCCCCUCCCUGUUCGCCAGGACCGCCAGUGUGUGUGACAUCAACACAAUGCAAUCACACCCACAGACUUGCUGUUGUCACUUGUCUGACCAGACGUCGACCCAAGACAGAAGACUUCUUGUCUUUUCUCUGUUUGAGAGGUUCAGCAGCACUGCCUAGCAACAUGGCUUUCUUAGCAAAUGGACGAGGGAAAGAGACAGCUGGCUCUCAGCAACUUACCUCCUGUCUCUCCAAUGAUAGGAUUUCAACAGAAAUGAAGAAGGAGAGCAUGUUCAGUAGAACAGCAGUGCAGAGGAGGUCUGGCUCUCUGAGGGAGGGAACCUUAGGCUCUGCCUCUGCAGCCCCUAGCUCAUUCUGCACUCUAACCACUCGAGCACAGAGGAGGAGGAGGGAGACAGAGGGGAUGGAUCAGAACAGGGGAGAAGGAGCUGAGAGUCACCUCAUAACGCCUCAGCAGCUGUCCCUGCAGGUCAGGACAAUGAACAAGGUUGCCAUGGUAACUGGACUUUCUGAACAGAGAAGCUCCUGUGUCAGAUCAGUCUCUUCCAGUGGGGCAGGGAGAAGGCAAUCUUCCAGGCCCUGCACCAGGCCUAGCAGCACCGACACACCUCAAGACGAUGGCCAAAGGAGCCUCCAGGAAACCAACAACAGACACCUCACCCGGCCUAGCACGCACCACCUGCCUCGCAAUCAGGGCCUUCCUCCUAUCCACCGAACCGUUACUAACUAUUACAACAACCACAAGACCCUCAGUAGUCUCCAGAACUCAGGGAGAUUUUCAAGUAUGACUCUAACUCAGUUACCAUUGACUAAUGGCUCAGUUAUCACACAACUCAGUGAGAACCCCGGUGUCCUGCGGUUGUCCAGAAGAAGAAGAGGCCUUCCACCAGACACCAGCCCUACAACUCAGAAUCAGGUUUUUGAUGCCAACUCAUCAAAGAGGAAGAAGGCACUGCAUCUCACUGAUGGCAAUGACACAGUGAAGAGUGCCCCCCACCAUGUUGGUCAGACAGCAAAAAAGACAGCCAAUUUUAAUGAGGACAUUAAAGUGGAAUUUGUUAGCCAUAUUUGUAAAGCCACUGUCAGCCAUAAUGAAAAACAAGAGAGAAGUAGCCAUGUUGGUGAGCUGAAACUAGAGAGUGGCAGUUGUAUUGGUGAGGACCCAAAUGGCAAGAUAAAUGUUGGAGAGUUAUGUUUGGAGAGCAUCACUGCUCUGGAACCCAUUCAGAAAAGGGACAGUUCUACCAGUAAAAUGACAAACUGUGACCACAGCUCUUUCACUGAUGUUAAAUGCAGACCUGUGAGAACAAAGAGGCUCCAAAGAAACCAGGCAGCUUCCUCCACUGCCACCAGGACCAUUACCCGGACUGCUAAUCCAAGGACUGUUGCCAGAGCUUCUACUGCUAAGAUGACUGUUACUAAAGCUGCUGUCAAUUCAUUGGUAACUAAAUAUGUGCAGGCUGACUCACCAGCCAUUUGUUCUGCCAAGCCCAAUAAAGGCAAGGACAAUACCAAGUAUAUUUCACCAGCUAACAGCUACUUUACCUAUAAUUCCAAAGGUUCUUCAAAAUACUCUACCAAUAGUACACAUGAGGACUUGAAUAAGGACAGUGGACAUGUCAGUAGCUGUUCCAGCACUUCCAAGGGCUCAACAAAGGGUCUUGUUCAGACAAAGUCUCCUACCUCAGCUUUAAAGACCAGGACUAGCCCUAGAAUGCUUUUGAAGAACUAGAAAAAUAAUUGAGCUUAUCUCUGAAAAUUUUCACUAAUGCACAAGUUCCAUAUUGAGAGUUUAUAUUAAAAAUACUUUGAGGGAAAACAGCAUAAAAUAUUUCUCAUUAUGGUCAAUGUAUGAUGAUAGUGUUUGACACUGAAUUGUAAAGUAGCAUCUUUGUCAGUGGUUGCAUGGUAUUUUAAAUCCAAUGCCUAUCCUAUCCUAUUCUUUUUUUGUUUUUUGUUUUCGUUUUAUAAAGGAUUAAAUUAACACACAUAAUAGAAGACAUACAACCAUGUGAGCUGUUUAGCUAACUGUUUAUUCACUGGAGGCUUUCCUUUUUUAUUUGGAACAGUGGUUGUUAUUAUUAUUAUUAUUAUUAUUAUUAUUAUUAUUAUUAUUGUAUUUUAUUCAUAUGGAAGACACUGGUAUCAGUUUUUAGAACUAUCAGUGAGCCCAAUUACAUGCACACUAAUACUCUGAUCAUUAUAUGAUUCCUGGAGUAAUCACAUUAUUCAAUGGAUCAUGUAUGAACAGUAUAAUCUGAUUUGUUUUGGAAGAUAACAGCAGUAAUUUGAUUAUGACAAAUCAGAUUAACACACCUGGAUUUCUCUUCAAUACCCAAAUGUCUUCCUGCACAGGUACAGGUUAAUCUGAUUUAUUUCGUUCUUUUACAUCUGCAUAUGUGCACACAAUUAAAAAUGGAAGUCACAUAGUCAAACGUGAGUGGAAGACAGAAACAGGAAAUUUGAGUCUAACAUUACUCUAAGAAAUCCAAUAAUGGACUGGAGCAUCUAAACCAGGGUUUUUGAUUUCUUAAGUGCAUGUAAACAUCAGAUCUGAUUAUUACAAUUAUCUGAUUACUCCCAGUUAGCAGAUUUUUAUGGUCAUGUAAACAGACUCCAUGUUCUGUAGCUUGCCUUGGACAAAUGUAGAUUGCCACAAGCCUUUGCUUUAGGGCUUUGGCAGCUUUUUUGUUUUCAAGUUAGAGGAAAUAACUGAAAUUUCAUUUUAACACUUAAAGAUUGAGAACCUAAUCUUCCUCACCUUAUCUUUAGUUUUUGGUUUGUCUUUUUUUCACUGAUUACUGAUUUUACACAAGUAUUUUUUACAUUAUUUGAUGACUUGUUUUAGAUGUCGGAAUAAUCUGGUCUGAUUUGAAAGAUGUGAUGUACAAACAACAAAAAUAACCCAAGCCCAUCUUCUUCAUUCUGGAAGUGUAUUCCUGCCAGGUUAGAAAAAGAAAAACAGAUCAGUAUUAUAUUAUGAUGUGAAAGGUUUCUUGAUAUGAGAUAAUUUUUUACGUUUUAACAGAUUUUCAUGUUAAAACAAGAUAUUUCUGGUUCAUACAGAAUUUGAUUCAAGGCAUAGUAUGUAACAUUUCUGGCUUGGCUCAUCUCUGCUUGAAAGAGAGAGAUGGUCAAGCUGGCGUUAGACUGCAGUUAGAUAGAGAAUCUGUAUUUUGUCUAAAAGUUUGACAGAAUGCUGUGAAAUAGAAAAAUAAAGUGUUAUUUUAUGA